GUUGCCUCCCAUCUAAGCGAAAAGAGAACUCUCUCUCUCUCUCUCUCCGCAAUAAAACCAUUCAUUUCUUUGUUCGUCUCUGCUCUGCAACAUCAAGAGCUCAUCAUUUCCCUCUCUCUCUCUCUCUAAGGCUAGGGUUUUGUUGACGGAUUAGAUGGGGCAGCAAUCGUUGAUCUACAGCUUUGUGGCGAGAGGGACGGUGAUUUUGGCAGAGUACACAGAGUUUACAGGCAAUUUCACCAGCAUAGCAGCUCAGUGCCUUCAGAAACUUCCGGCCACCAACAACAAGUUCACCUACAACUGCGAUGGCCACACCUUCAACUACCUUGUCGAUAACGGCUACACUUACUGUGUAGUUGCAGUUGAGUCUGUUGGCCGACAGGUUCCAAUUGCCUUCCUUGAGCGAAUCAAGGAAGAUUUCAUCAAGAGAUAUGGUGGAGGAAAAGCUGCAACAGCAGUUGCUAAUAGCCUGAACAAGGAAUUUGGGCCCAAGUUGAAGGAGCAAAUGCAAUAUUGUGUGGAUCACCCUGAGGAGGUCAGUAAGCUUGCCAAGGUGAAAGCUCAGGUUUCAGAAGUCAAGGGGGUUAUGAUGGAAAAUAUAGAGAAGGUUCUUGACCGUGGAGAGAAAAUUGAGCUUCUGGUUGACAAAACUGAAAAUCUUCGCUCUCAGGCGCAAGAUUUCAGACAACAGGGAACCAAGAUGAGGAGGAAGAUGUGGUUGCAGAACAUGAAAAUUAAGCUGAUAGUGCUGGGUAUCUUGAUUGCCUUGAUUCUCAUCAUAGUAUUGUCCGUUUGUGGAGGAUUCAAAUGUCACUAGUUUCAGUGAUGAUGAUUUACCUAUACUUUUUCGUGUUACCGCUUUCUGCUAUAGUCUAUAUCGUAAGACAGUGCUUGUAUAGUUUGUGUUCUAGAAUUCUUUGGAUACUCUUGGUGUGUGGAAGUUUAUCAUUCCUUGUUAUGAUUUUGUUGUCACUCAUAUUUCGAUUGAUGAAUGCCAGUCAAAUUAAGUUGAAAGUAGAUAA